GGGACAGUUAUUCUUACUUACCAAUAAAUGGCGCAAACGACUGAGACCCCCACAGCUGGAGAGGAAGAAAUACCGCGAGCGGUCCUCGGCUUUGCGAACGUGCGCAGCUUUGCGGCCGCGCUGCAAUGUAUACGCUCUGGAAAUAAGCAAACAUGCACAGUUUCCAUUUCAUCGGGCGGCGUGAGCGUCGUUUGGGAGGACGACAGUAAAUCGCUGCAGGGCAGCGUGUUCCUCAAGCCCGAGCUCUUCUCGCGCUUCGAGUGCGGCGCUGAGGACCGUCACGAGUUCGGCAUCCAGCUGCAGCUGCUGCUGGACACGCUGGCGGUGUUCGCGUCCGCGGCCGCGCCCAUGACGGCGCACUACCCGGGGCCGCAGGGGGAGCUGGUGUGCGAGAUGUCCGACCCCACGCUCGGCGGCAACCAGCAGCAGCAGCCGCGGCCGGCUCUGGGUCUGAUGCCCGCGGGCACGGGUCCGGGCGCGGUGUGCACGUGGGCGCGCAUUGCCGCCAUGGAGGCGGGGGCGGUGGUGGACCUGGGGGCGUACUGGACCGAGCCCGCCUCGUCCUUCCUGUGCCCGGGCUCUAGCCUGAAGGAGGCGGUGGACGACCUGGAGUGGCCGGGCGGGGCGGUGGAGCUGGUGAUGGUGCAGGACCCGCCGCGGCUACUGCUGGCGGCCAGUGGACACGGCUCGCUGGAGGUGGAGCUGCCCGCCUCCUCCAUCUCCGGCUUCAACUGCUGCGUGGCUCCGGAGCUGCGGCACGCCUACAAGUACCGCCACUGCAAGGCCGCCUUCUGCAACCUGCCGCACGCCCGGGACUGCGCCGCCAUCUCCACAAAGGUGUCCAUCGACGCGCACGGGCUGCUCAAGGUGACGCACAUGCUGGGGCUGGACCCGGCUGGGCCGCACGGCGCGGGCCGCGGCGGCCUGGCGGCGGACAACCCCUCGGCGCUGCUGGAGAGCCAGCGGCUGUACGACAGCGCCAAGGUGGCGGUGGUGCAAUUCCUGCUACAGCCCACGGAGGAGGAGGGCAUGGCGGCGUAAGGCGGCCCAGUCGGCUGUAGCAGCGGCUGCAGCGGCUGUAGCAGUGGAGAGCAGUAGCAGGAGAGUGGCGGCAGCGCCGCGGGAGCAUUGGCCUGCGCGCUGGGCGAUGCACCUUUGUGGCGGCAUCUGCUGGUGGGCAAUCAGCAAGACGCGAGGCGAGAGACCGGCGAGCGGCUGCUGUAGUGUUAGGUGCGUGGGGCUGCGUGUGUUUGUGCAUUACUAGAUUUAUACAGUACUGGGCAUUGCCAGGACAUAUCAACAUUCAUGUAGAGCCGGUGGCAGGGCAGGGUCCGAAGCAGUAUGGAGCGACGAGGGGAGGUUACGUUACUGCACUGAUAAGCAGCAGGAUGUGCUGACAUUACCCAAUAGACUUGGACGACACAAGCGAAGGCAAACGAAGCCCAUGGUGUCUGUGGCACACUUUCGCAUAUGGAAGCGUGUCACACGGUUACGUGGCGCAAAGCUAUGCGUGCAGAUCCACAGUGGAGCUGAUAAUGCAUCCCUUGGUGUUGCACUUUACACACAUGCAACAUGCGGCACCUG